GAAAUUAGCCGACAGCUAACGUGUUUACUAAGGACCCGCGGUAAGAAAAGACGUGUUGGUAUGGACGCCUCCUCACAGAGCAGAGACGUCAGAGGAGGACUGUGGAACAACCCGAGACCCAUCCAGCACAGCAAGGAGACCCAGGACAUGCUGAGAAUAAUGAUGCAGGAAGCACGACUCACCAGCCAGCAGAGAAAACAGCUCAACAAAGGCCUCAAGAACAGAGCCGCUUUACCCUCGACCUCUGACCCAACAUCCUCAGCUUCUCCCUCUCAGCCUAAAUCUUACCAGAGAUGCCUGCCAGGCAGGACUCAGAGACGCUCCGCUGAGUCUUGUCGCGCUGGGAACAGCUACGUCAGAGAGAAGUUCAUUCCUGGUCCAAUAAGAGACUUGGAGAAAGAGAAGAGGAGGCUUCAGAGUAUAUUGGCAACGGGAAAAGAAGAACCCGCUGCUGCAUCCUCCAAAAACGUUCCUGCAUGUCAGAACCCAGAAGUGUCAGAGGAAAAAGACCGCUAUCAGGAAGUUCUGGAUGAAAUAGAGGAGAGAAGACAGUUUCUGGCAGAUAUGGCGUCUCUGGGUCAGGAGUCAAACUUCAUCGCUGUCAUCAACACUGAGAUAUCCCAGAGGAUCCGAGAGCUGCAGCUGCUGCAGAAGACCCGAAGUCCUGAGAUGGAUUCAGUGACACCUGAGAGGAACGGAGCGACUGCACAUGAAAGGAUGGACAUGAAAGAGACAGGACAGAGACUUCCUGUCUCUGACUGA